GGUAGGUACACCUAUUAUAAUAUUAUUAGGUAAAAUAUUAUUAUACAUUUUAAAGAAAAUAUAAUUAAUUAAUAAUAUUUUGCUUCGGCCACGUCCGGCGAAAGCAGUGGCUCGAGUGUUGCUUAUAUUAUAAUAUUAUUAAUAUUAUUCAUUGUAAUAUUCUGCCUCGUUAUCGAAAAACAAAUUACUGACGAGGGUGGUUACGAACGGCGUCGUAUAACAAACACAACCCCUUGGUUACGAUCGGUAAUAAUAAUAAUAUUGUUAUACUGUUUGAUCUAUUUGGGACUAAUACAACUGUUCUCGUAGUCACUACAACAGGCGCAAUGACUAACGUUUAAGUAUUGGGUAUAAUAUUCGAAUGAAUGUAAUCACCAUCAGCUACCAAUUAAACCGAUGGAAAUCGAUGAUUAUCAAACAUUUCUAUCGUUUUGGAUCAACAUAUUAUUGUAAAUCAUAUAUUUAUUUUCAUUCGUCACAAUGAGUAAAGAAUAUUUAUUACCACCUAAUUCACCGACUUCAAAACCGCAAACAAAACCAAAGAGAAACAUUUCAGAUAUUCCUCGCCGUUCUACAAUACUUCCUCGUAGGGCGUAUGCGAUCGAGUUUAAUGAUCAUACCGAUAACACUGAAGAAAGAGAGAUUAGACAGUUACUCGAUACGGUUCCAGUUGUUCCGAAACUGCCGAAAAUUCCCGACAUCAGUAAAUACUUGAACAAAGGCAAAAUGUUGAAUAAAAGCCAAACAAUCAGUGAUCGUAGGACUAUAAUUAAAAAUUAUAUGAAUGAAUGCGCCGUAACUCAGAAAAUCGACUUGAUGAUGGCUGGGAAAUCGACGACAGUUGAUCGCCAAGAAGAAGUUAAGAUGCCACAGAUCUACUACCGCAAGCAACUAAAGGGAUAUGCUAAUGCCAUAGAACCCACCCCGAUGCAAGAAUCAUGGAUAGAAAAUAUAAUUGAAAAAUCAAAGACGGCGCGCUUAAAAAGAACCAGAGUGUUGGCAUCCUUGAUAGACGAAGUAAAGGCUGAUUACAUUAAAGUGCUGAAAAAGUUGCAAGUUGAUGGUAUUGUGAAGCCUAUUCCGAGUCCUAAUCUUCCGAUACCGGAAAAACAGCUAGAAAAGCCGUUAACUACAGUGUGAGUUUAUUUUAUUAAUUUUACCUUUGCAUACAUUUUUAAAUUAUGUUGAACUCUUGUAGAUUAGGAGGUAAGACAAAAAAUUAUCCAUUAUUUUUGAAAAGAAAAAAGCUCUUGAUAAAACGUUUACAUACCACUCACCCAACUACCAUCAACAUACUGUAUUUUACGAAACGUCAAGUUCCCAGGACCAUGAUUAAUGCAGAAUUAUAUAAAUUUGACGAAUUUUCUCGAGACCUCGACGACCUAAUGGCUACUUUGGAACACGACUUUCGGAAACAAGACACCUACCUGGUUAAAGAUUGGUAUAAAAAGGUUAUAUUAAUUUUGACGAAGAGAGGAGCAUUAGAUGGCUUGGCAUUGAAUGCACUUCCACAGUUUCUUAAAGGUGUCACUACUAUAAUUAGCUUAGAAGUAUGCUAUGCAAUUACAUUUUGAAAUUAUUGUUGAAUUUAUUCAUACACAUAUAUAUUAUCCAUAGGCGGAUUUUUUUCGGGGGGAAUGAGGGUGGUACAAUUGCGCCUUCUAACACCAGAAACAUUGUGUGAGGUAGCAAUAGAAAAAUUAAUGGUUCAUGAGUGUACUUAUAUUCCAAUGCAACUUUGUUUUGACGAUACCAGUCUUAUAAAUUCCAUUUAUAUUAUUAAAAUAUUAAAUUUCGGCACCUCUAGUAUGUACAUAUGUUUGCCAUGUGUCGCCUAUACCAUUAUAAUAUGUAAAAAUAUCAAAGUAGGUACCUAUAAGUGUUGCUACGAAAUGUGUAACUUUAUGUGUCUAUAUUUGAAUGAAUAGAAAAUUUUAUUUUUAUUUUUAGGAAACGAAUUAAUUAUCUACCGGCUACCACUUCAGAGCCGGUCUUAAGGCAAAGCGAGACCUGGGGCAAUAUUUUUUAGCCAAGGCCUUUAGAAUAAAAUUUAUUUAUAAUGUGAGGUCUGGUCAGGGGUCUCGCUGGCACAAACCUAAGGCCAGCUCUAUACUACUUAAUCCAGCACACUAUUUGUUUUCUCUCUGACCUGAUUGCAACAUAUCAAAUUUGCGUUCAGAAAAACCAAU